CUUUGACCUGAAGCUGCGCUCUUUCGUUAUAGAUAGAUAGAUCCCGACGAUUGACGAUAUAGAAUAUACCUUUUUCUUUUACAUUCAUUCCGGCUGCUUACACGCAAUUAUGGUUGCUCAUGCCCCGGCUCCCAACCCGAUAAACUCCCAAGCAGAAUCCAUGCUAUCCCGACAUUUUGGCAAGGAGACUGUGAACUAUUUCUCCUGUAAUUAUCUGGUCCUCAAUGCUUCUUUGCAGUCUUCAACCCGUGGCCAGAUUCCCGUAUUGUUCAACUGACCUUUCCAGGUUCAUCUGUAAAUCGACUAUCUUUCCUCCGCGCAGACCAUGCUUUUCUCUCCGCAGCAUUCAAACAUCCAACUACGCGCUUCAUUCUUAUGAAAGACCUCGCGCCUCUGACAAGGUCAAUUUCUGAACUGCAUUAUGCUCGUUAUGAUGAUGUGCGCAAGUUGAUAUCCGCAGAGUCAUUGAAUAAGUCCGAGGCGGACAUGAUCAAGGAGUAUGACUCUCGAAAGAUACACCCGCAAGCCAUCUUCCUUGGGAUGGACGAAAGUCACAAGGGCGAAGGUCUGACCUGGAAGGUCUAUUCGGGAAUCCCAUAUUUUGCUCUGGAUGUAACGCCAAAAGGGUCCGACGAGCAGCAGGCGAACGCGAAAGAUCUGAUCAGCCGCAUGGAGGCACAGGGGCUCACUUUCUUCAAGUCGAGGAUGCUUGCGUCGCUCCCUGGGGAUCAAGCCGCCAUCUAUGCGCAAGCUCGUGCUCUCAUCGAUUGGAACACUCGUAACACAUACUGUGGAACCUGUGGGAGUACCACUCUCUCUGUACAUGGAGGAACGAAACGUGCUUGUCCGCCAACCGAUGCUGCCUUAGUUGCGGAGGGGAAAGCCGCAGAGCGACCUCUAUGCAACACACGGACUUCUAUUUCCAAUCUCUCAUUCCCCCGCACCGAUCCGACAGUCAUCGCCGUCGUCCUCUCAGCUGAUGGCCAACGAAUCCUGCUCGGUCGCUCCAAGCGUUUCCCUCCCAACUGGUACUCGGCCCUGGCCGGCUUUAUGGAACCGGGAGAGUCCAUCGAGGAUGCAGUCCGAAGGGAGGUAUGGGAGGAGUCAGGUGUGACGGUCUCCCGCGUAAUCAUCCAUUCUUCGCAACCCUGGCCGUACCCGGCCAAUUUGAUGAUCGGUGCAAUCGGGCAGGUCAGCGACCCGGCUUAUGAGAAGAUCUGUUUGGAGCAUGAUGCCGAAUUGGAGGAUGCACGAUGGUUCCCCAUGGCUGAGGCCGAAGAGGCUUUGAAGCUUGGAGCAACUCUUUUAGAUGGAAGCCCGCCUCCUGAGUAUAAGGAAGGGGGUCUUAAAUUGCCACCGCCGACGGCGAUUGCAAAUCAACUGAUUAGGGCAGCUGUCGACAUAGAACAUUUGCUUUCCGAGAAGCACUCCAAGAUGUGAAUGAUGGGAUUGGUAGUUACCAUACUGUAAAUGAGACUUGGAAAGCAAGGAAAAUCAUGAGCUGGUAGGCCGCCACCAGGACGGAUACGCGGCCAUCCUUGGUUAUGAUUAAUUAUAAAGAUAUGGAUAAAUGCUAAUAUUGUACAUCGCAAAAACAUAUGGAUUGCGUGAAUGCAAUAACAAUGGGCCAUUGUAGAGGCGAAACGAGAAGGAGAGAUAUAAGGGGAUAAGACGAGUCGCCAGGUAUCCAACACAGACAAAACAACCGUAGAAGCGGGAAAAGGUAUUCCAAAUAAACCACUCAUAUAUCUGCGUACAAAGUCCCAUCUCUGAGACGAUGUAUGCUCUCUUUAUCGGACAGAGACCCAAGGUCGGGGUAUUUUCUUCCGCCUCUUAGCUCGUGCAUAUUUAUCCUCCUAGGGGUAGUGGACUUUCUGCUGCUUCGCGAACCUCCAGACGAUGAGUGUGAAUCCCCGCGUACCCUUCUCCACGUUGAAUCAUGACUUCCCAGCUCGCUAGGCGCAAUGCUGCUUGGCGGAGUUACAUCCAUACUUGCCUGUUGUACGGACAGCUGAAGCUUGCGAUCCGCGAUCAUGGCUGCUCCAUCCUCCUGAUACCAUCUUUGCAACGCUGAAGAGUAGGAGCGCUCUUCAGCACCAUAUUCAACAGGUGGCCCGGUCAUCUGGGCC